GCGGGAGGCAGCCCGGAGGCGAGGCGGGCCACCCGUCUGGCAAAAGCCGGAAGGGAAAGCGAUGCGCGCCUUUGGCCCAGGCGGGCUCCUUGGCCCCGGCCUCCACACUGGGCAGCGGCUCCGCCGUCCGGAUCAGCCACACAGACAGCAGCUCCGACCUCUCCGACUGCCCUUCCGAGCCGCUCUCGGACGAGCAGAGACUCGCCCAGGCCGCCAGCAGUGAUGCUGAGUCUGGCACCGGCUCCAGCGACCGAGAACGCGAGCAGCCGCCGCCGCCGCCGCCUCCUCUCCCCUCGGGGCCGGGCGUCGCCCCCCAGCAUUCCCUGCCCGGCACCGACGGUUCCAGUAAAGGGCCAGCAGCGCCGCCUGCUUCCGCGGCUCCCUCGGGAGCUAAAGGGGAGCCGCCCCAGCCGGGCGAUGAGGAGGCCGGGGCGCGAACUUUGGAGAAAGCGCCCGCCAAAGGUGCCCAGUCCGCCGGCAGCCUCAGGCCGGGAGCCAAACCCUCGGUGGUUAUUCCUCCUUGCGACAAACCGUUGGCGGUGGAUGAGGAGGAGCUGCUGAGGGAAAUAGAAGAGCUUCGCUCAGAGAACGAUUACCUCAAGGAUGAACUUGAUGAACUCCGGGCUGAAAUGGAAGAGAUGCGUGACAGCUACCUUGAAGAAGAUGUUUACCAACUUCAGGAACUUCGACGAGAGCUGGACCGUGCAAACAAGAACUGCCGCAUUUUGCAAUAUCGUCUCAGGAAAGCAGAACAGAAAAGCUUGAAAGUUGCACAGACAGGUCAAGUUGAUGGGGAACUAAUUAGAAGCUUAGAGCAAGAUCUAAAGGUAGCCAAAGACGUUUCUGUCAGGCUGCACCACGAGCUGGAAAAUGUGGAAGACAAGCGUGUUAAAGCAGAGGAUGAAAAUGAAGUCCUUCGUCAACAAAUGAUUGAGGUGGAAAUAUCCAAGCAGGCACUGCAAAAUGAAUUGGAUAGGUUGAAAGAGAGCUCCCUGAAGAGAAGAGGCAGCAGGGAUAUUCACAAAGAAAAGAAGGCAUUUGCUCAGGAAGACAGUGCUGACUUGAAGUGCCAGCUUCAGUUUGCCAAAGAAGAGGCAGCACUGAUGCGUAAAAAGAUGGCCAAGCUAGGCAGGGAGAAAGAUGAACUGGAACAAGAACUCCAAAAAUACAAGUCCAUCUAUGGAGAUGUGGAAAGCCCUCUCCCCAUUGGGGAAGCUGGAGGACCACCAAGCACAAGGGAAGCUGAACUGAAGCUUCGUUUGAAGCUGGUGGAAGAGGAAGCUAACAUACUUGGCAGAAAGCUAGUGGAACUAGAGGUGGAAAACAGAGGUAUUAAGGCUGAAAUGGAAGAUAUGAAGUGCCAGUAUGAGAGAGUUUGUCUUAGUCAGGACCAUGUUGCAAGCAUUCCUACCUCACCUUAUGGCGACUCUGUGGAGUCAGCUGCAGAACUGCGUCGUCAUUUGCAGUUUGUGGAAGAAGAGGCUGAACUGCUGAGGAGAUCCAUUGCUGAAAUUGAAGACCAUAAUAAGCAGUUAACUAAUGAAUUAAAUAAAUUCAAGUUUGAACCUGGGCAGGAGUCUAGCUGGCUUGAUGAAAAUGCUUCCAAGUGCAGUGGGUCUUUGCAAGAAGAGCUGAAGUCAGCCCGUAUGCAAAUCAAUGAACUGAGUGGGAAAGUGAUGAAGCUCCAAUAUGAGAAUCGAGUAUUGUUGUCCAAUGUGCAGCGUUAUGAUCUUGCCUCACACCUAGGACUGCGGACCUCAAGCCCAAGUGAUGCUGAGAGUGAAACAGGGAAGAAAGAAUGUGACAACGAAGAAGGCCGUCUACCUCAACCAAAGAGAGAGGGACCCAUUGGGGGUGAGAGUGAUUCUGAGGAUGUAUAUGAAAAGACAUCAGGUUUUGGGAGUGGGAAGCCAUCAGAAGUUAGUGAUAUUGGUUCCACUGAAUUCACACAGGCCAAAGAGAACACAGAGUCUCUGGUCAACAUCAAGCAUGAAGCUGAAAGGCUUGAAAAAGCUAUGGACCGUCUCAUCAUUGAUACAAAUAGUUUAAUAUAUGAAGCAAAAGUGCAUGUAACAAGUAGUGCUUCCUCUGGCCAAGGUUUUGAAAACAAUGAAGGAAAAAUGGAAAGCAAGGAAGAGCCAUUACUCACAGAUACCAUUAAUUCAAAGAUGAAAAAUUUCCAGAAAGAACUGCAGACCUUCUUGGAGAAGGUUGACAACAUUGGGGAAGGCUUGAAAGAACCAAUAGAAGAUCUUUCCCCUCUCCCUCACCUCACAGAGUCUUCCAGUUUUCUGUCCACAAUGACAUCCAUCUCCCGAGACUCACCCAUUGGUAACCAGGCAAAAGACCUAAUCACAGAUUUUCAGUCCAAACUGAGGGAUCAGAUGGAAUGGCAGCGCAGCCAAGACCUUGGAGAUGAGCAAGAGAUUCAACACCAACGAGGCACCACUGAGCCACUCUGCAGAGCUGAUGGAGACUUUAAACUCUACAGGCCAAGAAACAAGGGUUCUUUCAGUCUAGAGAAUGUAUCGAUUCAGGAGCUUCAGGCUCAACUUGAGCAGGAGAUGAAACAUCGAGAAGAGGAGCAAGAAACAUUUACAGAAAGGAUCCUGCAGCUGGAAGAGGAUCAUCAACAGACCCUACGGAGGAAAGACUUGGAGGUACAAAGCUUGACUUUGCAGAACAAAUUGGAAGAGAAGACUUGGACCCAAGAGAAAAACCUGAUGCAUCAAGAACUCAGGCAUUUCAAGCAGAACACCUUUCUCCUCUAUGUCAAAUUAAAAUGGUUGCUCAAACACUGGAGGCAAGGCAAGGAGUUGGAUGAGGAAGGAGAAGAUGCACUUGAGUUGGAACAUCUUGAUACCGUACCAGAAUUCGUCUUUCAGUUGGAACAAAAGGGUGAAGCAGAGGGGGAGGAGGAGGAGGAAGAUGUGUUCACAAUGACAGCUUACUCCCAGCAUUCCACUAUGGAAAGAAGUGACCAUGGACCACCACUACAGACUGCAGAACUGUUACAGCAUCAAAAGCAGGCCAAAGAAAACCACCGACUUUUACAUGCCCUGAAAAUUCUGUUGGAUGACUUCAGAACUGAACUCCAGGAUGAUCAGAAAGAACGGCAUGUUCUCCAGCAGCAGUAUGCCACUGACAAAGCUGCUUGGGAAGUGGAAUGGACUAAGCUGAAGUGUCAGUUGGAGCAGCUGGAAGGAAGAAGUGAAAGAGGACAGAGUGAGGUUGGUCUUGACGCAAAGGCAGCUUUCAACAGGGAGAGAGAGGAGCAUAAGAAACUCCUGGCUGAGAGUCACCAGUUAGUGAUGGACAUGCAGUGGCAAAUCCAGCACAAUGAGAAGAACUGGACUAGAGAAAAAGGAGACUUAUUGGAACAGUUUGACAAAGACCGACAUGAGUGGGAGCGGCAAAAGCAGGAACUGCUGAGGCGGCUAGAGCAGAAAAUACAUCCACAAAGAGGAGACAGCAUCCUUAGUGACUCAAAAGAAACUAGCCUUGCUUUAUUUUCAAAUCAACGGAACCAUCAUGUGCCUCGUCCAGUGGGGUCCAGAUCAUAUUCUGAUUCGGACACCAUGCAGUUUGAAGAUCGCUCACUGUCUAAACUAAAAGAGAGUGACAGGUGCACUGCCACAGAAAAUCUCUUUCUAGAUACAUUGUCCCUUGACUCUCCAGAUGAUUCUGAUGAACCACAUCCUCAGAAAUCAGAGCAAGAAAGGUUCUUAACUUAUGCUAAAGAGGAAGAAGAAAUGCACAAGGGAAAUCUUCAAAGAGCCAUGUCAGUUUCUUCUAUGUCUGAGUUCAAGCGCUUGAUGGAGAUUUCUCCUUUUCUCCCUGAUAAGUCUCUGCCCUCCACCAAGAGCAAAGAGGAUAUAACACCUCCAUUAUCACCAGAUGAUUUAAAAUACAUUGAGGAAUUCAACAAAAAUUGGGAUUACAGCACUACCAGAAACCACAGUGGAGCUGUAGAUAGACCUGCCGAAGCCUGGGCAGAGAGAACAGAGAUUGGGAAGACAGGGAAUAAUUCCAUUCCAGAUCCAUUCCAGCCUGAGUCAUGGUACCUUACCACCAAUGUUACUAUGACAACUAAUACGGUGACCAGCCCUGAGCACUGCCAGAAACAGCCACUGAGGAGUCAUGCUGCUACAGAAAAAAUGGGAGUUAGAGUCUUUCAUAGUCCACCAGUUGUCCGGAGGUUUGAUAAUUCAGCAGUAGCUGGCCAUGAAGGGAAAAGCCCCCCUGAGCCAGAUUUUUUGUUUCCUGUGACCAAAGCUAAGGGGAAUGUGGGUGAGACAAAAGGUGCUUCUUCAGAGGUGUUUGGGCGGUGGUCAUGUGACCUUCCCAAACAUCACAACAAUUUUCUGGAAACUGGUAUUCAUCCCAUUGAGCGCCCUAUUUGCACUACUGUGAGUUUUGCCUCAUCCUUGCACAGUCUGGAAAUGUCCAAAAACAUGAGCGAUGACAUGAAGGAGGUGGCUUAUUCUGUGAGAAAUGCAAUACGUUCAAACUCAACAGAGCUUCAGUUCAAAGAUACAGCUUGUCAGACCAAUGGAAUGAGGACUAUGGGAACACAGACCACUCAAACGAUCAGUGUGGGCUUGCAGACAGAAACUUUGCGCAGUAUCACCAGCAGUCCACAUAGGUGUCUGACACCAAAGGGGGGCUCCACACCUAUAUCAUCACCAUCAAGAAGCUUAAGAAGCAGACAGAUGGCUCCUGCUAUUGAAAAGGUCCAGGCCAAAUUUGAACGCACGUGUUGUUCUCCCAAGUAUGGCUCCCCAAAAUUACAGAAGAAAGCUUUCUCUAAAACAGAUCAGCCAAAUAACCGGACAUUACCAAGCACACCUCAGAAAGGGUUCAGCGAGUCUGCUUGGGCAAGAUCCACCACUACAAGAGAGAGUCCAGUCCAUACCACUAUCAACGAUGGCCUCUCCAGUUUAUUUAAUAUCAUUGACCAUACCCCUGUAGUUCAUGACACCCUCCAAAAAUGCUCCAGGUCUGGCAGCCGAUCAAGGUCGGCAGAACCCAGGUCAGAACUGGGCCCUAUGCAAGACAUGUGCACAAGUGUCCGUGGUAGGUCACCCAGUCCCCUCCGUUUCAGCACAGAGCUACAAAAGGACGAAGGAGCAGAGGUAACAAGUAUCAGACAGGACUUGUCUGCUCCUCUAGGAUACACCCUUACAGAAAAUGCUGCCAGAAUCCUAAACAAGAAACUUAUGGAGCAUGCCUUAAAAGAGGAAAAAAGGCUAGCUUCACACAGCCCUCCCAGUCUUAGCACCGAGAACAGCACAGGAGAAAUAGUGAGAGUUGAACCAGGGUCCAUUGAGGAACUACCAUGUUCUGCACUAGCUCCACCCCUAGAAUCUUGCUUCUCCCGACCAGAGAGACCAGCGAAGCAGCGCCCGCCUUCCCGGUGGGCUUCCCAUUCCCCUACUGCCUCACUGUCUCGGUUAACUGAGGAACUGUAUGGAAGCAAAGAACUGCCGUUGGAGAAUCUAAACCAGUGAUGCAAGUCUGCAUGAAUUAUUACAGAAUAAUUCACUGUUUUUUUGCAUUGUAGCACCAUUAUCAUGGCCAGUCUCUGUCAGUGAAGAAAGCUCAAGUUGCAGAGGUCAGUUGCUUAGUGUAUGACCUGAGAAACAGAUGUUUCUAGAACGAAACAGUUAACGUGCCUGUAAUAACUUAUUUUUUUCAUAGCUCAGAAAACUAUUUUUGCCUCCAUCUUUUCUACAUACAGUAUAUUAACUAAAAGGUCUAAAAGAUAUACAAAUAAAGGUAAGGUUUUAAAUAAAACUUACAUUUUUUUAAAGGGAAAUUGAAUGUGUUCACUCUCUUGUUCUCUGACGACUGACUGCCUUCUGUUAUAUUUGCACUGUUACAGUUUGGGUUUUGUUGGCUCUUUUUCUGACUCUUUUUGAGUUAAAAUUAGAAUUGUAAGUUAAUCACAUUCAGUUGGUUGUUACUUUGAAAAUGAAAAUUCAUAAAGGUGCUUUAGCAUGUCUGAAAUAGUAAGUUUUUAAGUAGUGAAGAAAGCCAUUGAACUAGUUGACUAUAGGUGUCUUAAAUAUAUUAGAGGAGAAUCCAGGGAAUACGAAAUGUUUAGAAAAGAGGGGGAAGCCUCAGACAGUCUUAAUGAAGUGAGCUGUACACAUACACAUGUACACAUGAUUUGCAUGUCCCUAGGUUGCUAGCACUUUAGUGCAUGUACAUACUGCUAUUAUUCUGUCACUGUCACAUCAGUGUGUCUCAAUCUCUUCCAUUGUUAUAUCAUUGUGAAUUUAUCUGUAUUGUACUUUUAAUGUUGGUAUUCUUUCAUUGAUUGUAAAAAGGAAUUUUUAAAUAAUUGUUCAAACAGUUCAACUUACUAUGUACAGUGUUUAUUGAAAUCUUCCCUUGUUUGGGGGAAAGCACUGAAAACUCUGGGCAUAAUAAACUGUAACUGGUCUUGUUUUAAGAGUCUGUUUGAAACCAUGUGGUGUGGAAAUAAACUCUUCAAUAUUUACAAAUUGCUGGAAUGCUUUUGAAGAAUGUUCCUGGGCUUAUGCCCAC